AUGCCUAUCGAGAAUAUCCAAUUCAAGGGCGACGUCGAAGCCCACGCAGAAACCCACCUUCUCCAUGACCAGGAGGCCUUAAACCACGCCCUUCACAAUAGCACCAAAGAGGGACUGCCGCCUAUCUCGGUCUCGCCCUUGCAUGGCAAAUUCACCUCCAUUCUGGUGAAUCUCAGUGGAGCCCGCAACGUCCUAGAGCUGGGCGCCUUGGGCGGGUACUCGGCGAUCCAACUUGCCCGCGGACUCAAGGGCAAAGGCAAAGUCACCAGCAUCGAGGUGGACCGCCAUCACCGCGACGUAGCCAUCGCCAACCUCCAGCAUGCCGGCGUGAAGGUGCCGGACGAAGUCGAAAUCCUGCUGGGGGCGGGCCUCGAGGUGCUUCCGAAGUUGGCGGCCGAGAUCGAAGAAGGGAAGAGGGAAAGGUUCGACUUCGUCUUCAUUGAUGCCGAUUGGCCCAAUCAGUGGAAUUAUUUUGACUGGGGCGUCAAGCUAUCCAACGGCCCUGGAAGCGCGAUCUACAUUGAUAAUGCGGUGAAGAACAUGUUUGUGGAGGGUGUUGUGGGGGAUCAUUUGAAGGAGGACGGGCUGGAUGUGGUCGCCCAGAUCGGGGCGGAUACACGAGUCGAGGCUACCGUGAUCCAGACGGUGGCAGCGAAGAGCUACGAUGGCAUUGUGCUGGCGGUGGUCAAAUAG